UUUUACUCCAUCUCUGAUCUCUCUCUCGGUGUGUGCACAACCCUAACUCUUUCUUUUCCUUUCUCGGCAAGUUUCGAGCUUUUAGUAGCCUACGUUCCUCCUUCCGCUGGUGAGUCCUAGGGCUCUGUUUCCUCUUUGAACCAUGAUCUUGGGCAUUCUUCUCCGAGUGGACAAGAUCCGUUGUUGAAGUGCUGAUCUGUAAGGAUCAUGAAGGUGAAAAUACUGAAAUGGCAUGCUGUAGCUUCAUGGACAUGGAAUGCUCAGGAUGAAACGUGUGGGAUCUGUAGGAUGGCCUUUGACGGCUGCUGCCCGGACUGCAAGUUCCCCGGCGAUGACUGCCCACUGAUUUGGGGUUCUUGUAACCAUGCUUUCCAUCUCCAUUGCAUCCUCAAAUGGGUCAACUCACAGACGCCUCAACCGCAUUGCCCAAUGUGUCGCAGAGAAUGGCAGUUUAAAGCUUAAAAUUUUAUCGUAUCUAUUGUUUGUGGAUUGUUUGAUUCACUAUGAUCUAGAGAACCUGAACAAGUCUGGCAUUGUUAUGUUUUUUAGCUGAAAAUUCAAGAGUAGGGCUCUUCUUCUCUUCACAAUGCAACUUAUUGUCAAUAUUUGGCGAGUACAAAUUAACGAUUACCCAAA